AGUCACAGUUACGCAGCCCGGCGAAACAGUCGCUGUAACUUUCAAUCCUCCGCCGAAAACAGCACUUCGCUUUCUUUUUUGUUUUCUUUCUUUUCUCCUCGCUUUGCCUCAAACUAAUCUACGCCGCAGACGAUAAAUUCCUAGCUUCAGCACUGAAAAAUAUUUUUUUUUACCAAGAAAUAAUUUUUGCAUCACCGAAAAAUUUGACAGUUUCGAAUAGAAUGCACUCGGAUUGUUGUGUAUAGUUUCUCAUCGGAAGUUCUAAUUAGGGUAGCUUCGUCCACAACAAAAUGACGAUAAUCAGCUAGCGAAUAAACAACAAAAACAAACUGAUCCGGAAUUGGUGUGCUGUUGUGAUUUUCAAGCACACUAUGCUAUGUUGCAAGAAAGAUUUGACAUUCCUUCGGAUGCUCGCCGCCGUGUUUGUGUUGAUGUUCCUCGCGUCGGUGUCGGCCGAUGCCGAUUCGGAAGAUUCGCCGGAGAUAUUCACAGACCAGUUCGUGGUGCGGAUAACAGGGGGACCCGAAGUGGCGAAAGAACUGGCCCGGAAACAUGGAUUUACCUACCUAAGCAAGAUGUUCGAUGAUCAUUACCAUUUGAAGCACAGGAAGUUGUCUAAAAGAUCUUUAGAACCUAGUGAAGAACAUCACACAGCUCUUUCACAAGAGCCGCAGGUGACGUGGUUUUCGCAACAAAAGCUUUUACGAAGGCCCAAACGGGAUUUUAAAGAAGAUACGAAAGGAAUAAAAACAAAUCUCAAUGAUCCCAGGUGGCCGCAGAUGUGGUACUUGAACCGAGGAGAAGGCUUGGACAUGAACGUGCAAGAUGCUUGGGCGCAAGGAGUCACUGGAAAAGGAAUAGUAGUUACGAUUUUAGAUGAUGGAUUGGAAAAAGAUCACCCCGAUAUUUCCAAAAACUACGACAAGGAUGCUAGUUAUGACGUCAACAACCAUGAUGGUGAUCCUCAACCAAGAUAUGACAUAAUCGAUUCAAACAGACAUGGAACCCGUUGUGCUGGAGAAGUUGCGGCCAACGCAAAUAACAGUAUCUGCGCUGUAGGUGUAGCCUAUGAAGCCCUUGUUGGAGGUGUUCGAAUGCUGGAUGGGGACGUGACAGAUGCUGUGGAGGCACAGUCUUUGAGCUUAAACCCGGAGCAUAUUGAUAUUUAUAGUGCCUCGUGGGGCCCUGAUGACGAUGGGAAAACUGUAGACGGGCCAGGGCCCCUUGCCUCUACCGCUUUCAAAGAAGGCAUCCUCAAAGGAAGAAACGGAUUAGGAUCCAUAUUCGUUUGGGCAUCUGGCAACGGCGGCCGUGAACACGAUAACUGCAACUGUGAUGGCUACACGAACUCCAUGUGGACUUUGUCGAUCAGCAGUGCCACCGAAAACGGCCUUGUUCCAUGGUACAGCGAAGCCUGUUCUUCUACGUUGGCUACUACCUACAGCAGUGGUUCGAAUGGAGAGAGGCAAAUAGUCACAACUGAUCUUCAUCAUGGUUGCACGUCGACUCAUACUGGAACUUCUGCUUCAGCUCCUUUGGCCGCGGGAAUUUGCGCGCUUGCCUUAGAAGCCAACAAGAAGCUCACUUGGAGAGACAUGCAACAUAUUGUAGUUCGAACAGCCCGAAGAGCAAACCUACAUGCAAAGGAUUGGAAAACGAAUGGUGUCGGCCGAAAUGUUAGUCAUUCUUUUGGGUAUGGUCUUAUGGAUGCUGGUGCCAUGGUCAGAUUAGCUCGCAAAUGGAAUACUGCCCCUGUCCAGAAAUUGUGCGAAAUACGGUCAGAUCACGCAGACAAACUAAUUCCCGCCAAAAGUCACGUGGAGCUCAGUCUGUAUGUGCGUUGUGAACAUGUUCGCUUUCUGGAACACGUGCAAGCCAAAUUGACGCUGACAGCCACCAGGCGUGGAGACAUUCACAUAUACCUCACAUCACCAUCGGGAACGAGAUCCACUUUGCUUGCCCAACGACCUAUUGAUGGUUCCAGAGCUGGCUUUCAAUCCUGGCCUUUUAUGACCGUCCAUAAUUGGGGAGAGAAUCCAGAUGGUCUUUGGAAACUGGAAGUCCAUAAUGAGGGACGUUUCUAUGGUCGAGCUACACUAAAAGAGUGGUAUUUGCAUUUAUAUGGUACGACUGAAGACCCAGGUUCACAGCCAACUACUCCAGCUCCGCCCACAACAACGCCAGCGCCUCGAACGACAGAGAAAGCAACUACACUCCCUUCUGUCGCAACUUCUACCACGAAACCGAGAAGUACGAAGUUAAAAGUGCCCCUUUGGCCAGAACCCACUGCUCAGUAUUAUCCGCUCACUACUGCCAAAGUACAGGUGUACCCAUUAGAGGAAGAUAAUCCGAAAGCUGAUGGAACAAAUAGUCUGUCACCAAGCAACAAAAAACAAGAGAAGCCAGACACAGGUUCAAUCUUUAGUUGGAUACAGAACUGGUUUAAGAGUAGAAAACCAAAAGCAGUUACGAACGAAUGUCCGAGAGGCCAGUUCUACUACCAAGGAUAUUGCGUGCUGCAGUGUCCUUCUGGCCACUAUGGCAGUGCUGUCAGCAACUAUCGCAGCACUCACGAGCUGACGACAUCUGCCUGCUUACCCUGCCAUUACAGCUGCGUGGAGUGCCAUGGUCCUAACGAUUACCAAUGUGUUCUAUGUCAUGGGGAUGCCCUUCUUGUGGAUGGCUACUGUGAACCAAAGGUUAUGGUGGACGAAGUGCGGUCCUUCACCACCUGGAAUGACGUGGUGGUGGGGGUGUUCACAGCUCUGUGCUUCAUCACACUUGCUUUGACGAUAUAUGUGGUUGUGGCUUUUUGGCCACCACCCUGUUGGAAAGCCAGGAAGACUGGCGGAGACUAUGUCAGCGUUGAGCAAGGUCCAUCGCCAAAUCAGACGGAAUCUUUAGCAUCCUUUCUGCCUAAAACCUCGCCAAACAGUACGUCGAACAACGUAAUACCUUAUUACGACAGCGACGAAGAGCUUUGAGAGCUUCUAAAUGCACAAAUUGAACUCGGAAGCUCAUUAAAAAAAAGUGACUAACUGAAAAUAAAUUUAUUUGGACCAGUUUUUAGUGGAUUAAAAACUGGAAUUUGCAACAGGCAGAGGAGGGUGAGAAUAAGCAUUUGUUGUAGUAUUUCAAGUCCAGAAUGAAAUGUUACCUUUAUGGUGCAUUCUAGUAUGAAAUGUAAAUGUGAAAACAUUUGAAUUCGAGAAUGGAUGUAAAUUUAAAUUAUAAGUAAUUUUAAUACUGCUUCCUUUAUUUUUUUUUUAAUUUAAUUUAUGUUUUUGCAUUUUCACAUUAAUUUCUAUAAAGUUCGGUGUUAAAUAUGCUUCAGUCAAUGUAGCAGCACCACAGUUGCAGUUAUUAUUAAGCAUAAAGUGUAUAUUUUGCAUAAAGAUAUUAGUUCUAUAAUAUCUUGCAUAGUUUUGUUUUGAUAAUACUAAAGUAAUCAAAUCAGACAUUCCAAACUGGGAAGAAAAUGUUUUGUAUAAAUGAUGGUUUAAAAAAAAUCGUCCGGUAAAUUUAAAGAAUUUCGUUGCACAUAUCAUCAUUGUUUGAUACAAAUCUGGAUUCAAUGGGAAACUCCGAGUUUCUUUUUGGAAUAUAAAACGACGCUUGGAUUUACGCGUAAUAGUUCGUCAAAAAUAUUAGUGACUUGAAUACAAGGCUUGAAAUUUUUAACACAUUUUUAAAGUAAUGAUAUUUUAAUCACUUAUUCAUCAUCCAAUGCAUAAGCUUUUUUACAUUUGCAACUAGAAUAUGCUAAAGAUACUAACUAUCUAGCAGCCAGAUUCCAUGGCAUUUUCUAUUAAUCUGAAAUUUUCCAAUAAAACUAAAGAAAUAUUAUCACACAAAAAUAAUCUUAAUAAAAAAAAAGUAUACCAUUGUAAAAUAUUAAAAUAAAUGUUCAGUUUGAACUAAAUUAAUCUUCUCAUUGCUACAGUACAAUUAGGUUUCCUUUUUUAGGCACAUACCCGGAUUAUCCGGAUUGCCUUUGAUCCCAGUUAGGCUGGAUGAACAAAGUUUACUGCAUUUACUUAUUUUAAUUCAUUUAAGAAAUUUGUUCUUUCUGCUACACAGAUAAAGGAUGAUAACGCUUACUGUCAAAUUUGUCUAUUUGUUAUUGAUGCAAUUGUUGUUUAUGAUUUUGAUUUAUAUUUACUAAUGGAUUUAAAUGUUAAUUAGAGUUUGGAGAUAGCUUCUAAUCAUCCUUGAUAUUUUUGCUCUGUGAGUAAGUACAUAGACGCCCAUAUGCAAAAUUUUUAAGGGGGGGGGGGGCUCAGAUAGUUUUCCCAUGGAAACUGAUUUCAUUACAGAUUUGAGUUAUUAAAAUUUGACAUUUUUUAUAACUUAUUCAUUAAUGGCUGGAGAAGAAAUAUUUUUACAUUUUCGCAAAGAAAAAAGUACUAAAAGGAAGGAAGUUCUAAUUUCUAAUUGGUAGGUCUUGAGACCCCACUUGCUCUCCCCCCCCCCCCCCAUAUGGGCGCCUAUGUAUGAGUAAAGACGUAGACGAUUUGGACAACUUGCUCAGUAAACUGUAAAAGUUUUACAACAAAAUGUCACUUUUCAUUGACUUUAAAAUGACAUUUAAAAGGAAUUGUCUUUUUUCUUAUUCUCAGGCAGCUUUUUUUCUGGAAAAGUUUUGGAAUUUCGGUGAUACUUAACGUUGUUCAAGAAUUAACAAUUUUUAUUUUCUUUUCAGUGAAAGUAAAUUUGAGUUAUUUCCUUGUAGGAAGUACGAAAAUCUUUAUUUCCCAAAGAUUAGCUCGACAAAUUUAUUCUCAAAUAAUAUUUAAUAUUUUAACAGUUUCGAAAGAUUCCAUCGCAAUCCUUUCAGGCAGCUGUUUUAUUAGUACAUCUAUUUAACUCGGCAACUACUGGCAGCAGAAUUUUAACAUCAUUUGGUGGUUUAAAUUAAUAAAAAGGGAAAAGAAAGUGAAAUAAAAAUAUGAAUACUGCAAGUAAAAGUGAAUGAGAAUUAAUUUCUGUCAUUGAGACCAAACUUAGUAUCAGAAACAAAAAAAAAUUUUUUUUGAUUUAAAUUGCUUUUAUUCAUCAAAACUCCGUUGAAAUUUGCCCUCAAAAUUUAAUAAAAUUCCAAAAACGUUUAUCUAAUAUUUUAGUUAUUACCACAAGUAGUUGUUUCAUAAAAUCGGUUAUUUCAUGUAGUUUAUUUCUCUUGAAGGCUUUCACAAAUAUAUUUUUAAAAAAUAUAUUUUUUUACAUUGGGUACUGCAAUUGAUUUGCUGUCUUCUUUUUUUUUCUUUUAGAAAUUGUUUUUAACAAAAUCAUAUGUUUAAUCAUAACAGAUACUGUUCACUGAAAAUUGAAUUUCAUAUGCAUAUUUCUCAAACAUUAAAAACUUUUUUAAUAAAUGUCAUAGAAGAAAACAUUUAUGUGAAAAUAUGUCCUGUUAAAUAUAAGCUGAAAUCAAAACAAUACUAACUAAAUUGGUUGCAAUUAUUUUUAUUCAAUUAAAUGUUUUCGUGACUUUUGAAUUUGUAUUAUUAUCUUUUUUUAACGACUUUUUAUAUUUGUGUAAAAAAAGAAAAAUACAAUAAGGCUACUCUGUGAUUCAUCAAAGUAUUGUCAUAAUACAUUUUUUACAGUUAAAUACUGCCAGCUUUUUACAAAACUAAUAUUUCAUGCAUUUUAGAGUUAACAAAAUAAGUUCUUCUACUUUUUUGAUGAUAAUUUUCGUAUAUUGCUCACAUAACAUUAAGUAAAAAAACUGAUUGUAAAUUUUUACUAGUGCAUAAUGUACUUACAUUUUUGAAGAUGUCUUUUUUAAUUGUUCAUGAAUAUAUGUUUUUAUGAUAGAUUAUGAAGACUACUAUGGCUUCCUAAUUUCUGUUGAGAGAUUUUAUCAUUUUUUUAAAUCUAUGUUACAUGCUUUGUCAUGUAAUAAUAUCUAGUUACACAUAUCUCACACCAUAUCAGUCUAAAUUUUUAUAGUUUAAGCAAAUAAUGUAAAGUUAAACGCAUGUAAAAAUGUUUUAAGAAGAAUCAAAGACUGGGGAAAGUUUCCUUUUUCACUUUUAAAAACAAAAAGGGAAUUUUUGACAUAAAGCUUUUGUUCAGAUUCUUGGAUUGCCUGUGCCAUUAAUAAUAAAUGGCAUGUGAAUUAUAAAUGGCACAUACCAUUUAUUAUUAAUUCCGUACAAUUCCGUGCAUGCUUAUAACAAAACAUGCUUGAACAAGUACUAAAUGCUUGUUAAAAUAGAAAACAAUCUUUACCAAAAAUUACUUUCUUUACAAAAAAUUAUAGAAGACAAAAAAAAAAAAAAAAGAUAAGAAAAUACUAAAACAAAAAUUUUGAACUUUUUGAAACAAUUAACAAUUUUUGAUUGUUACUCAUAUUUUUUUAUAAUUUCAUCUAAAUAUUUCCUGUAUUGAAUGAAGAAAUGACUAGCUUAAAGAUCACAAAACUUAAUACAAUAUGCUCCGUGUGCGUGUCAUUCAUAAAAUUCAGCAAAAAAGCACACACUGACUUAUUAAGGGGGGAAGACAAUUUAUCUCUGCUGCCAUCUAUGAACUGUUUUUUCAAAAUUAUUGAAAAUUCAAAUUAAUUGGAACGAAAAAUUGUUUGCAGCUUGCGAUAUUGCUGUUAAAAAUUGAACCAUCCAAAUAAAUUGAUAUUAAUCAGAAAAUUAGAGAUUUAUAUCGUUUUCUAUGUCAAUAAAUACUAUUAUCUAAUCAUCAGGACGCGUGAAUCAAGUAUUAUGGUUACUUAGAAUACAAAUUUAUGUCACAUAUCUCAUUAUUUUGGAAAUUAUCGGAGGUUUUAUGUUAAAUUUGAACUAUUUGGAAAUUUAUUUCUUGCAUCUGCAACUUGUACGGAUAAUCGCUUGCAUAUUUAUGAAUAUUUGCUAAGAAAAAAAUUCAAAAAUCAAAAAUUUGAUUACAAGAUUUUUUUUUUCUUGAAUGCUACGAAAUAUCAAUUUUGACAUAUCAAACAAAUAUAUUUCUGACAUCAUAUCAUUUUGAAGCGUUUUUUUUUUUAAUCAACAGCAAUAAAUAUAAAUUGUGUAUCUUUGAUUUGCGUAUUUAAUAUAAAUACAGGUAUAUUAGCAUUGUAGGUCAAUUACUAGUAUUCGAUAUUUUCUCUUGAGAAAAUAAUGUAAAAAGCUUUGACUUAUAAUUUAGCCUAUUUGCAGACAAUAAUGUGUGCAAUUGUUUGUUUGAUUUGGAUUUUUAUUUCGUUGCAAAACUGGUUUAGUAGGAAUUAUUUGCAAAAUAUGUUAAACUAGUUAUAGAAAAUUUAAUAUGUAAAUAAUAAGGAUUUUGAAUGAAGUAUCAUAUCAGUGUUGCAGAUUAAAUAAGAUUUUACGUGUAAAUAUUAAACAGAAAACUUGUCAAUAUAAAAUGCUACAGAUCUAUAGUGAAAUUGCCUUAAAAUUUUAACAAAACGUGUAGCUGUAGUAAAAUUACACAAACUAAUAUUAAUUGAAGAUUAAUUUUUGCAUUAUUUUAAAUGUUUAUCCUUGAAAUAUUUUAUAACGAAAAUAAUUUCCUUUAUCGGAAUAACUUACAAGGAACUUUUUUUUAGAUCCGUUACUUCCAAAUUAAAAAAAAAAAAACGCCUGUUUUCCUACACCCUUUUUUUAUUUACUAUUUUUAUUACACUAAUCACUAUUUUUAUUUUCGGUGAUAUUCCUGUGAAAUUUAGUUAUAUUUUUAUUAACAUUACAUCUUCAGUUCUUAAGAAAACAUUAUGGACCAUUUUAAAACCGUAGGUAAAAGAAACAUUUUUUUUUUGGAGACGUAAAUAUGUGGUUAAUUUUUUUCACCAAAAUGCGAUUAGAAGCUUUGAAGUAUAGGAUUUAGCCAGAUUUCUUUAUUAUUCCAACACUUCUUUUACAACACACUGUAAACACGUUUUUGAAUCUAAAGCAUGUUUUCUCUAUAAAGUUUAUUAAUUUCAAAAGCACUCGUGAAAAAAAAUAGUUUUAUGCAAUCAUAAUUGUCUUUUUUUAAUGAACUCAUUAUUUUAUUUUAAUCAUGAAAAAUACACUUUCUUGUUAUUUAACUAAACACUGAAACAAAAAAAAAAAAAAAAAAAAAAAAAAAAAAAAAAAAAAAAAAAUGAGAUGACUUACUUAAAAAUCACAUGCAUAUUUUCAGCGUUUGGAUGGAAAUACCUUUUCAUAUUUUCAACGUUUGGAUGAAAACACCUUUUCAAAUCUCAACAUCAAAAGCUAAAACAAAUUCACAUGUGAAAAGCUUCAAAAUCAUGUUAAGUUAAAAUGAACCACGUUAGAAGCGUGUUUUACAUUAUCGUUACGAAACCUUUCUAACCAUGACAGCAACUAAACGCGGCGAACACUCUCUAUUCAUUCAAUUUAUUCUAAAUGUCUCUCAGAGCAACAGUAGGACAUCUUAGUGUUAUAUCUGGGACUAGAUGUCUUAGUGUUGCUUUGAGGCGACGAUAUGUAUGUGUCCAAUAAAGAAUCUACAAUUUAUCUUUCAUACAUUUCUCGAAGUUGCUUUUGAAGAACACAAACAUUUAAGUUUCAACUGAAAAUUUCUUACAAUAAUACAUUUUUUUUUUAUUUCUAAUUUUCAGCGUAUGCAGUUGAGGAAAGCAAUUAAUGAAGCGAAGCCUGUUUUUCAUCCAACAGCUUUUUUUAUAGCAACAUGGAGAUUAUAGUCACAUAUUUCGACGUCAUUUACUUAUUUUGGGGAUCUUUCGAUAAAUGGGAGUUUGGCAUGGUGGUCAAAUUUUUGCCGACAGUAAUUUAAAUUUGGUGCCACUUUACUAUCCAUUGUUUUAUUGUUCCCUAAGCGAUUAGGUAUUCUCUUACUCUUUGUAUAGGUGUGAAAAACAAAAUAUUUCACUUUCAGACACUGGUGCCAAAAAUUUGACGCCAAUUGAUAAAGGUCCCGCAACUCCCAAUGAUCGAAACCUUCCUCUUAUUUUAUAUAACGUUUCGUAAAUAUGCUUUAAUUUCUAAUUUGCUUUUCCUAACGUUAAACUGUUAUUCGACUUGUUUGUAAAUCGACAUUACCAUUUUUACAAUGAUGAAUGUUGCUUUUCAAUAUUGCUGUUGCUCUAAAAGUGCUCUAUGUAUGACGUGUCCAAACGGAGGAUGGAUUUUAAGCACUGUUUGAAAUUUUAUUUACACGUUUUUAGAAACAAAUAAAUUGUUUCAAAAAUACUUA